CCAUGCGACACUCUUCCUAUCGUUCAGAUGUACUUGGUAUCGGAGUAAGCAGUGCUCUGAAAGCUCUUAUUUAUCGAAAGAUUCUACAACUCAAGAGGGCUGAUCUACUCAAAUUUACAACAGGACGCGUGAUUGACCUGCUCUCAAACGAUGUUCAGCGACUGGAAGGACAAACGUUAAUGUUGAUUCUCGGUAGCAUUUUGGAUCUCACCCUUGUCAUACCUGGAACUGUAGUUUUUCUUGUGUAUUUAAUUGGUUGGCAAGCUCUCAUGGGAGUCAUAUGCCUUUUUUUUCUGGUGCCGUAUUUCGCAGCGUUGUCCUCUCUGUGUGCUACACUUCGCCGGCGCACAGCAGCAGUCUCAGAUAGGCGCUUCUCUUUGUUGAACCAAGUAAUUUCCGGGAUUCGCGCCAUUAAAACACAUGCGUGGGAGGAUGAAUUCAGAGGGAAAAUAAAACGGAUACGAAGUGAUGAAAUGAAGAUUAUCCGUACGAAAAGCAGUGUUCUGUCAGCCCUUGCUGCCUUGGAGUAUACUUCAGUGCCAUUUGCGAUGCUGGUGUCAGUCAUGACUCUGGUGCUAACUGGUCAACCCCUCACGCCUGUUAACGUGUUUAUGCUUCUCUCUUUCGUCAAUGUAGCAAGAAUAAGCCUUUGCAUAUACCUACUCUAUGGUACCUUGGAAGCAUACGAGGCUUUUGUUUCACUUCAAAGAAUCGAGCAUUUCCUUCUUCUGAAAGAUUUAGCCGAGGCCUACCAUGAUCACUCCAGCGAAAGCACUGACAAAGGGAGAGGGAAUGUAUCCGAACUGACGAGAAUCUCGUUGGAUCAACACGAUAAAACUGAAGAAAAUCCCCGUAUUCUUGUUGAUCAACAACACAAUAUGGCCAUGCCAGCGACCCUGGAAGUGUCAAUUUUAACAUCAAAAGAAAACCUUAGUGAUGAUGUGUUUAUUUUGCAAGAUGUCCAAUUUUCUACGGCGUCACAAGAAUUAACAGUCAUCACAGGUUCAGUGGGUAGUGGAAAGUCUACUCUUCUCUCAGCUAUUGCGGGUGAGGUGCCAGUCGCAGAGGGAACAAUAACCUGGCCAUCUUCCCUUGUUUAUGUGCCACAGACACCGUGGGUCUUCUCUGGAACAAUAGGACAAAACAUCUUAUUUGGUCAACCUUACAACGAAACCAGGUACUUCCAAGUAGUUCAAGCAUGCGCCCUGAUGGAAGACUUUCAGAAGUUUCCAAAAGGUGACGAAACGGUUGUAGCUGAACGAGGCGUGGCUCUCAGUGGGGGCCAGCGCGCACGAGUAAGCCUGGCACGUGCGGUUUACAUGGAUGCAGAUCUGUACCUGCUGGAUGACCCUUUAAGUGCCGUGGAUACGAAAGUUAGUCAACAUAUCUUUGAGAGAUGCAUUAAAGGCAUAUUGUGCAACAAAACCCGACUGCUAACGUCCCAUCAAGUAGAACACAUGAAAGAAGCCGAUGAAGUGAUUGUGUUGUACAAAGGACGUUUGUUGGCCAAAGGUACUUUCUCCGAGCUUGAAGAGAAGGGUGUUUUUGAUUCUGCACUUGAUCCACUUUGCAAAAAGCCUUUCGGAGACAGGAAGCCUAAUGCGAGAUCGGUUUCGGAAAAGGAAAAAAACCCAGAAGUCAAGGAUAAAGCAAUGCCUGCACCAACUCAGGACAAGGAGCUACAAAUAUCAGACGAAGACCGUAUAAUCGGAGGAGUGACUUUUAAGAUCUAUUGGGACUACUUCAAAAGUGGAUUAAACGCUAUGACGAUUGUUGGAGUUAUCUUCUUGUGCUUCAUCACUCAAGUGAUGAUAGUUUCUCCUGACUUUUGGCUUUCAUCUUUAACUGAGAAGAGUCAAGAAAACCAGAAAGACAAAACAAACCUGAUCAUAUUUGGUUGUUUAGUACUUGGAUCCUUCAUAUUUGCCGCUGCCAGAGCAUUUUGCUUUCUUCAGGCCGCCGUAAGAUGUUCCGAACGUCUUCACGAUAAGAUGACGGUGGCAAUUCUAGAGGCGCCUGCUUUGUUUUUUGAUUCAAACCUUGUUGGCAGAAUUCUUAAUCGAUUCUCUAAAGAUACAGGUUGCAUGGACGAGGUGUUACCCAAGGCGUUUCUGUUUGCUAUCCAAUUAGUCUUGGCUAUGCUCUCCUCGAUUCUUGUUCCAACCGUCGCCAAUCCAUGGCUUCUAUUUGUGGCUGUUCCUAUGGCAGUAGCAGUCGUGUACAUCUCUCAGUACUACCUGAAAACUUCCAGACAGUUGAAACGAUUAGAGUCUAUAAACCGAAGUCCUGUGUUUUCACACAUCUCGGAUACCAUAGAUGGGCUGGAGACUAUUCGAACAAGAGCAAGACAAAAAGAUUUUGAGGAACAGUUUUACAGGUAUAUCGAUGUUCACACUCAGUCGUAUAUCAUGGUGCUGGCCUGUGAGAGAUGGCUUGGUGUGCGUAUGUCAUUCCUUAUCUCCCUCCUGACGUGUACAGUGGCUCUGGGGGCGAUCUUUGUUUCUCAAGAUGCUGCGUUCGCUGGACUCGGGCUUGUUUACGUCCUUGAGAGUGUAGAACUGAUGGAUUACACUGUCAGAAAAGCAGCCGAAGUUGAGAAUUUUAUGACGUCAGUUGAACGAGUUAUGACGUACACCAAACUUGAUCAUGAACCUGGUUACAAAGUGAAAAAACUUCCCCCGGAACACUGGCCAUCAAAAGGAGAUAUCACGCUUCAAGACUUGUCAAUGACUUACUACCCGGGGGGACCUCAAGUAUUAAGGAACGUUAAUCUUCAUAUAAAAGGUGGAACCAAUGUUGGUGUCACAGGGCGAACGGGAGCCGGCAAGUCAUCUCUAGUGGCAGCUCUUCUGCGCAUGCCAGAUGCCCAAGGUGCCAUAAUGAUUGAUGACAUCGCAGUAAAGGACAUUAACCUUCAAGUGUCUCGGCGAUGUGUAUCCGUACUAGGCCAGCGUCCUGUCCUUUUCAGUGGAUCUUUGAGAGAAAAUCUCGAUCUUGUAGAGCAGUUCCAAGAUGUGGAGUUAUGGCGAGCCUUAGAGAUCGUUCAACUGAAAGAAUUGGUGGAAAAUUUGGAAGGAAAACUAGAUCACCAGUUGUUAGAGCAUGGUGCAAAUUUCAGUGUAGGAGAACGACAGCUAAUUUGUUUGGCUCGUGUUCUUUUGCAUAAAAGAAAAAUUGUCAUCCUAGAUGAACCCACUGCACAUGUGGAUCCAGACACAGAACAAACAAUUUGGAGGAUAGUGCGAGAGAAACUGAAGGGCUCCACAGUAAUCACCAUAGCUCAUCGACUGAACACCAUCAAAGACUGUGACAUGAUUUUGGUCAUGAAAGAUGGCGAGAUAGAUGAGUUUGAUAGUUUCAACUCAAUAGUUACCAAAACUUAACAUAGUUUUACAUCACAGUAAA